AGUAGAGUGCACCCUUCUCUAUGUUAGAUUCAGCAACCCCUAGUCUGUUUUCUUGCAAAUAAAAACCCAAACCCAAAGCAAAAGCUAUCACAGUGUAUUACCAAUGGCUUCUUAUUCUUCACAUUCUUCCAUUCUCUCCCCAUCCCACCAACCCCACCACCCCACAAAAUUCCUUCCUUUUAAAGUUACUUGUACCACCACCACCACUAGCAACCAACAAACAACUCUGCCACAAACAACCAAGAAAUCUGCUCUAAAUUUUUCAGCAAAGUAUGUACCUUUCAACUCUAUCUCCACCAAUACCCCUACUGAUGAAUCCUACUCGCUUGAUGAAAUAAUAUACAGAAGUAAUUCAGGGGGUUUACUUGAUGUGCAACAUGACUUAGAGGCAUUGAAACAAUAUGAUGGUAAAUAUUGGAAGUCCUUGUUUGAUUCUAGAGUUGGGAAAACAACAUGGCCUUAUGGCUCUGGAGUUUGGUCCAAGAAAGAAUGGGUUUUGCCAGAAAUUGAUGAUGAUGAUAUUAUAAGUGCUUUUGAGGGAAAUUCCAAUCUUUUUUGGGCUGAAAGAUUUGGGAAAAAAUUCUUAGGCAUGAAUGAUUUGUGGGUGAAACACUGUGGUAUUAGUCAUACUGGUAGUUUUAAAGAUUUAGGCAUGACAGUUUUGGUUAGCCAAGUGAAUAGGCUAAGAAAACUGAAACGACCUUUGGUUGGUGUUGGCUGUGCUUCAACUGGUGACACGUCUGCUGCUUUAUCUGCUUAUUGUGCUGCUGCAGACAUACCAUCUAUUGUGUUUUUGCCAGCAAAUAAGAUUUCAAUGGCACAGUUGGUUCAGCCUAUAGCCAAUGGUGCUUUUGUUAUUAGCAUUGACACAGAUUUUGAUGGAUGCAUGAAACUGAUUCGUGAAGUUACUUCAGAGUUGCCUAUUUAUUUGGCUAAUUCUUUAAACAGUUUGAGGCUUGAAGGGCAAAAAACUGCAGCAAUUGAGAUUUUGCAGCAGUUUGAUUGGGAAGUACCUGAUUGGGUUAUUAUUCCUGGUGGGAAUUUAGGUAACAUUUAUGCUUUUUAUAAAGGGUUCAAAAUGUGUCAAGAAAUGGGGUUAGUUGAUAGGAUUCCAAGACUGGUUUGUGCUCAAGCUGCAAAUGCUAAUCCUUUAUAUAUGUAUUACAAGUCAGGGUGGACUAAUUUUCAGCCAGUUAAGGCAAACACAACAUUUGCUUCAGCUAUACAGAUUGGUGACCCUGUUUCUAUUGAUAGAGCAGUUUAUGCACUCAAGAAUUCAAAUGGGAUAGUGGAAGAAGCAACAGAGGAAGAAUUAAUGGAUGCUACUGCACUUGCUGAUUCAACUGGAAUGUUUAUAUGUCCACAUACAGGUGUUGCUUUAACUGCACUAAUGAAGCUUAGGAAUAAUGGGGUUAUUGCACCAACUGAAAGGACUGUGGUUGUUAGUACAGCUCAUGGAUUGAAAUUUACUCAGUCCAAGAUUGAAUAUCAUUCUAAGGAGAUUAAAGAUAUGGCUUGUCAGUUUGCUAAUCCACCUGUGGAAGUAAAAGCAGAGUUUGGAUCAGUCAUGUGUGUUCUCAACAACUACUUGAAGUCCAAGUCAUAGUCAGUUAGUCUUACUACUUACUAGUAGUAGCUAAUACAUAUAUUUCCAAGAUUUCACUUAUUUUAUCUAUGUUUUCAACUUUUACUUUUUGGCUUUUGCCACUGGAUGUCUUCAGUAUCAUAUGCCAAGACCCUUUUUAAGUAUGUCAAUUUCAUGGUAUUAUAAAGUACACGUUUAUUAUUAAAGAUAUGACCUAUGAAAUGUCAAGAAUAUUUACCAAUUUGUUA